GCAGCUUCCCGGCCGUUUUCCGUGUCAGGGCAGCUGUGAAGGGCUCGUCCUGUCCGUCUGUCCGUGUGUCGCAGCUGAGGAGGAACCACCGGCGCCAUCCCGCACUUCUGUCCAGGACUCACAGCAAGAGCAGAGGCCCCGUGCCCAAGAAUGGACAGUGCUCUAGACCCUUAGCAAAGCUCCACAGCAGGCAAGGCAGAAAAGGAACGAAGGCACUGUAGGAUGUUCAACACCAGCACAAACUCCUCGGGACACAACUGCAGCCCCCGCACAGCAGUGACCACGACAGUCAUCCCACUGCUCUACUCCUUCAUCUUCCUCACGGGGCUCUCGCUGAACGCCCUGGCAGCCUGGCUCUUCCUGCACGUUUCCAGCACAAAGAGUUUUAUUGUCUAUCUCAAAAACAUCGCCGUGGCCGAUCUCCUCAUGAGCCUGACGUUUCCUUUCAAAAUCCUGGCUGAUUCAGAGAUUGCACCUCCGGAGCUCAACCUGUUUGUGUGCAGAUACUCUGCAGUCGUGUUCUACAUGAACAUGUACAUCGGGAUCACCUUUUUCGGCCUCAUAGGGUUUGACAGAUACUACAAAAUUGUAAAACCUUUGUUCACCUCCUUUGUUCACACAGUGAACUACAGCAAGGUGGUCUCUAUAAUCAUAUGGCUGUCGUUAAUGCUUAUAUCAUUUCCAAAUAUGAUUUUAACUAAUGAAAUCACUAAAGACAAUUAUUCCAGAAAAUGUAUAGGUCUUAAAAGUGAGCUUGGCAGACAGUGGCACACAGCGACAACUUAUAUUUGCACAGGGAUUUUCUGGGUUGUUUUUAUUCUGCUAAUCAUAUUUUACACUGCUAUAUCCAAAAAAAUAUACAACUCUUACAAAAAAUUCCGAAGGAGCUCAGACACGGCCAAGAGAAAAACCAGCCGGAAUAUAUUCAGCAUCAUGUUUGUGUUUGUCAUUUGCUUUGUUCCCUACCACCUCUGCAGGACCCCAUACACCCUGAGCCAGACCAGCUCCCAGUUCACCUGCCAGUCCCAAAAAUCACUGUACUAUGCCAAGGAGUUCACUCUGAUGCUCUCUGCUGCGAACAUCUGCCUUGACCCCAUUAUUUAUUUCUUCCUCUGCCUCCCCUUUAAAGAAAAGCUGUAUCAAAAACUGCAUCUCAAGCUGAAAGCUUCGAGUGAGGUUGAAAUUUCUAAAUCCAGAAGAUCAAAUACACUUCGGGAAAGUAUAAACAUCUUGUAGUUUCAGGUCUGUACAAUUGUGCACGUUUCAGGAAGUCAUUCACGAAUGCAAAUGUCCCAAAGAAACACAACAGAUGAGAACCAACAACAAACAAAAGAGGUUUCAACACAAAACACCAAGUGCUCUUUCUCUGCACAUAACCAUUAUUGUAUGUGCCAAUGUAUUCACAAUGUGCUGUUUCACUGACGCUGUGAUUGCCCUAAGAUGUGACACAACCCAUCUGGAUCUUCAAAACAGAGAGAGGAGUACCUGGAAUGGCAUGUUCUAGAGCUCCAGGCCAUAGGUCUCUGAAAGGAUCAUCCAAAAGACCCAAAACCAAACCAAUUUUCUGCUGUUUCUCACAAAGCCAGGCACGACACACGACAGCCACCAAAGCAGCCUGACAGCCCUGGGAACACCCAACAGCUCCCCCUCGAGCAGGCAGAGCCCUCAGAGGCAGCACGAGGAUGGUCAGCAUGAGUCUCUCAGACUUGGCCUCCACCAGCCCAACCAAGGGGACCCAGACUGUGCUGGGAAUCUCACUCGUGUGUCUCCUGGGUCACAGAGCAAAGGGUUGGUGGCAAUGUACAGCUUAAGGAAGGAUUCUAUGCCAACAACUGGGGGGAGAGGGGGAAAGACAACAAAUAAAAAAAUAAAUUUAAAAAGAAAAUCAAAAAACCACACAGCAAAUCCUCACAGAUACAUACAAAGCCUGAAAUAUCUUUGGUUAUAUAUAUAUACAUAUAAACAUAUAGAAGUUUUCUUAAGGGACAUAUUCUAUAAAAUUAAGAACUAAACAUAACUAUUUGUCACCCUUGGGCAAAAAGUGUCAGAAUAUUUCUAUAAGAUGUGAUGUUCAAUCUAAGCAAGGGUUUCAAGAGGAUCCUUCUAUAAAGCAAAGAGCACAGUUACACUGCACGGUCUUCCUCAGGACUUCUCUGAACUAACAUGAACACAAACACCUCCACACCAACCUGCAGAAACUCUGCUGGUGCAGGAACAAGCAAGAACAUCACAGAGCCAUCUGUGAACACACAGGUACAGCUGUCUAGGAACUCCAGGUGCAUUUAAAUCCAGAAAGAAUGGUUUGUUGGUUUUCCCAUGCUUCUGACACAGUGAUAAAGCAUUUCUGUCUGUACCAAGGUAACAGCUGAAAGCCACCAAUCUGCUCUGUACAAAUAUAAUAUC